AAUUUCAAAUCUCCAUGGACACGUUCAAAGUUAUUAAUCUCACCAUUUCCUCGUUAUAGACAUGCUGCUUCCAGUCAUGCUAAUGAAAAAGGUGAAAUUUAUGUCAUGGGUGGAUUACACAACACUUCUGUGUAUGGUGAUACAUGGAUUUUAAAACCAGAUUUAGAAUCUCGUCAAUUUCAAUCAUUCCAAGUUGACAUUUAUGAUAAUUCUCCUGCUCCAAGAGUCGGUCAUGCUUCUACAUUAUGUGGUAAUGCCUAUGUGAUCUUUGGUGGUGAUACUGUUACUAAUGAAGCUGGUGAAAUUGAUAAUGAUUUAUAUUUAUUCAAUAUGAACUCUCAUGCUUGGACCGUACCAAAACCUACUGGUAAGAAACCUUCGGGGAGAUAUGGUCACACUAUUGGAGUCAUUGCAAUAACGAAUUUUGAUUCAAAAUUGUAUCUUUAUGGUGGUCAAUUGGAUGAUGUUGUUUAUAAUGAUUUAUGUGUUUUCAACUUAUCAAGUUUUAGAAGACCAGAUGUCCAUUGGGAAUGGGUCCACCCAAGUGAUCAUAUCCGUCCACCUCCAUUAACAAACCAUUCUAUGGAUGUUUAUGAUAACAAAUUAUGGUUAUUUGGUGGGUCCACUGGUAAGAAAUUGACUAAUGAAUUGUGGUGUUUUGAUCCUCAAAUGGAGAGAUGGGAUAAGAUUAAAACUUUGGGGAACCAGCGACCUCAACCAGUUGAAGAACAUGCUUCAGUGAUUUACAAAGAUUUGAUGAUUGUUUAUGGUGGUAAAAAUUCAGAUGGUGACGCUUUGAAUGAUUUAUAUUUUUUGAAUUUAAUCACAAAGACUUGGUUUAAAUUCCCAACAAAUUUCCCAUUAGAACCUCAAGGUAAAUAUGGACAUACUUUAUCCAUAUUGAAGAAUGAUAAAUUGUUAAUAUUGGGUGGACAUUUACCUGAUUAUGCUAAUCUUGGUGAGAAUUUAGAAGUUUCAAAUAUUGAUAACGGCGUUGGUACAAUAUUGAAUUUGUUAGAUUUAACCAACUUGCCUAAAUUAGUUCCAGGUUUACAACAAUAUAGUACACCAAAUCGCUUCCAAAAAUCUCAUACUCCACGUCAAUACUCUGCAGAAGAUGUUUUCCAACGUGAGCAAAGACAAGCUCCAUCCUCUCAAAACACACCACCACAUGCAAACCGUUUGAAUGUUCCACAAACUCAACCACAGCAAUUUUCAUCACCGGAAGAGGAAUUGCCAUUACAAAUUCCAUCACCUAUCAAAACUGAAAAUGAUGUGCCUGGUUCAUUCCCAAGCUCUGGUCCAAGUGGUAUUGAUCGUGAACUUAAAGAAUCUAGAGAACCAUCCAACCAGUAUCCUGAGGUCCCAAAGACUCAAGUGGAAGAUUUAACAAAAGAUAUACCAGGUGGAUUUAAUGAUGAAUUUAAAACUCCAAAUGCUUCACCUUCAAAAACUAGCUUGAAUGAAAAUGGUCAACAUUUACAACCACAAAUUUAUAAAAAUGAUGAAGCUAAAAACUCUGACUUUUUGGAUUCUUAUGUUAAUGCACCAACAAGUGUUAAUGAUAAUGAGGAAGUUAAAAAGAUUAUAGCGUCAUUGUCUCAAGAAUUGGAGGAUUUGAAAUUAUCAACAAAUUCUCAAAUCAAAGAGGCUAGUUCAAAAGUUAGGGAUCUAGAAGAGGAGAAUUCUAGUUUGAAGAAACAAUUGGGAGAAACUGGUGAAUCCGGUGAUAGAGAUUUGGAUGAAAAUAGUUACAAGAGAAAACAUAUCAAGUUGAAUACUGAUUAUCAAAUCUUGAAUAAGAAUCAUUCUCAGUUAAAGUCUAAAUUGGAUGAAAUUGAACCAGUCUUCUCAAAUAACUUGCUUGAUUUACAAAAACUGAACAAUAUAAUCAAACAACAAAGCUUGACAAUUGAAGAAACUCAAAGAUCAUUAAGUGAACAAGAGGAUUAUAAAUUGAAGUUUAGUGAUUUGCAAGGGAAAUACCAAGCAUUAGAGGAGAGUUAUAAGGAGUUGAGUGAAUCAAGAAGUAAAGAUUUUAAUGAGACUCAUGGUGAUGUUAAACAGUUGAGUACUAAUUUGGAUUCAUUCUUGGCUAAAUAUUUGGUUACAGAUUCAGAAGGUGCCACAGGAACAAGAAGCUUGAGUGGAAGUGGUGUUAAUAAUGGUCAAGAUGAUGAUGUUACAACCUCAUUACAGGCUCAAAUUGAUGAAUUAUUGAAGGAAAAUGAAGAACUACACGGUCAACACAAAUCACUAAAAGAUCAAUACUCUUCAUUAGAAAGUUCACAAGGUGGUGAAUUAGAAGCUCUAAGGGCUAAAGUUACUGAAUUAUCCAAAAUUGAGGAAAAUUACAAAGAUUCCUUACAUUCUGUUAAAAACACUUCAAGAGCACUACAGGUUUCUCAAAGUGAAUUGAAUAAACAAAAGGAAGUUACAUUGAAAUUACAACAAGAAUUGGAUGAAUUGAAAUUGUUCAGAGCUAAUAGAAAAUCAUCAAGAAACACCACACCAAUUGUUAAUGAAUUUAGUAAACAAGAAACUCCAAAGCAACCAAUCACAACUGAUGAAGAAGAGGAAGAUAUUGAAAGUGCUCAUUAUAACUUGAAGAUUAGAGAUUUACAAGCUGAGUUGUUCAUUACAAAACAAGAAAGAGAUGAGUUAAAACAUGAUGUUUUAGAAUUGAAGAAGAAGUUG